AUGCCGCUCCUGACCCCCGCGCGCCACCUCUCAGGACUCCUGCUGAUCUGGUUGGUGCUGCUGCUGCCGCCCCCCGCCAGCCCUGGUCCCCUGGACCGCCCGGGCGUCCGGAGGCUGGGGACUCGUGGCCCCGCCGGCAGCCCCGGGCGCCGACCCGCUCCCACCCGCGCGCCCUAUUCCGGAGCCAUCGAGCCAGGUGGGAAUCGCGGCGCAGGUGUUUGCAAGAGCAUGCCCUUGGAUUUGGUGUUUAUCAUCGACAGUUCUCGAAGCGUACGGCCCCUGGAAUUCACCAAAGUGAAAACCUUUGUCUCCCGGAUCAUUGACACUCUGGACAUUGGGGCAGCUGACACACGGGUGGCCCUAGUGAACUAUGCCAGUACAGUGAAGAUUGAGUUCCAGCUGCAGACCUACUCAGAUAAGCAGUCCCUAAAACAAGCGGUAGCACGAAUCACCCCCUUGUCCACAGGCACCAUGUCGGGGCUGGCCAUUCAGACAGCAAUGGAUGAAGCCUUCACAGUGCAGGCAGGGGCUCGGGGGCCCACUUCCAACAUCCCUAAGGUGGCCAUCAUCGUGACAGAUGGGAGGCCCCAGGACCAGGUGAAUGAGGUGGCUGCCCGGGCCCGGGCAUCUGGCAUUGAGCUCUAUGCUGUGGGUGUGGACAGGGCAGAUAUGGAGUCCCUCAAGAUGAUGGCCAGUGAGCCCCUGGAAGAGCAUGUGUUCUAUGUGGAGACCUACGGGGUCAUUGAGAAACUCUCCUCUAGAUUCCAGGAAACCUUUUGUGCCCUGGACCCGUGUGCGCUAGGCACGCACCAGUGCCAGCACGUGUGCGUCAGUGAUGGGGAGGGCCAGCACCACUGCGAGUGCAGCCAAGGGUACACCUUGAACGCGGACAAGAAAACGUGCACAGCUAUUGAUAAGUGUGCUCUCGGCACUCAUGGGUGUGAACACAUCUGUGUGAAUGACAGGACUGGCUCUUAUCACUGUGAGUGCCGCGAAGGCUACAUCUUGAAUGAAGACAGGAAGACUUGUUCAGCUCAAGACAAAUGUGCUGUUGGUGCCCAUGGCUGUCAGCACAUUUGUGUGAAUGACAGAGAUGGGUCCCAUCACUGUGAAUGUUAUGAGGGAUACACUCUGAAUGAGGAUAAGAAAACAUGUUCAGUCCAGAACAAGUGUGUUCUGGGCACUCACGGCUGCCAGCACGUGUGUGUGAGUGACGGGGCAGCUUCCUACCACUGCGACUGUUUUCCUGGCUACACAUUGAACGAGGACAAGAAGACAUGUUCAGCCAUUGAAGAGGCACGGAGACUCAUUUCUACUGAAGAUGCAUGUGGGUGUGAGGCCACACUAGCUUACCAGGAGAAGGUCAGCUCCUAUCUCCAGAGACUGAACACCAAACUUGAUGACAUUUUGCAGAAGCUGCAAGUAAAUGAAUAUGGACAAGUACAUCGUUAGAUUGCUCAAAAUGUGGAAAUGUAGAAAACUUGGUGCAAUUAAUAUACUUUUGCACACUCGUAUCUUCAAUGUUCUUGCUAAUUAUUUGCCAUUAUAAAUGCUUGAAUAUUGCCAGAUAAAUAGUAUGACGAUUUUCUGGAGAAUCGGUAUCAUUUUUCCAAGGAAAUAAAUGUGCAUAUUCUUAUUAAGGGCAAACUUUAGUGUUUCUAUGCUCUAACUGUGAAAUGGUAGGAAGUAGAAUGAAAAGUUCAAUUUUUAAAAUUAUCUACUAAUUGAGCCAUUUAAUUUUAAAUGUUUAUAUUAGUAAGAUAAUCAUUCACAAUGGAAACUUAAGAUAUAUUUUCUCUUGAUAAUAUUUCUAAAAUAAACCAUUUUAUUACCAAGAGUGCAAAUGGUAUGCAGUAUUUCCACAUGAAAAGCUCAUAUAAUUAAAAUUGAAAUUAAUAUAAUUUAGAACUGUUAAACACUUUUUGUUUUUUGUUAAUUUUUGCAGGAGUAUUAUUGAAACUCUGAUCAAGGGAUUGUAAUACACAUAUUUAAAAGUAGUUAAUUAAGUAAAUAUUACAUGCAAUUUUUAAUUCAUUCUGGUCUUAGAAAUGCAUGACUAAAGAGCAUUAGUUGUGAAUUUAGGGUGCUAAACUUUUUACCAAGAGCAAAAUGUCCUAAAUUUAUUUUAUCAUUUUCCUUUAGGAUCAACUGAUAACAUGAUAUAUUUGUAGAAUUGAUAUAACAAGGAACAAAAUCUAAUGUCUUUUUAAAUGUUAGUAAUAAGCAUAACAUUUUUCACUUAUAUAUUUGAUACAUAUACUUUAUCUCUACAGCUUAAACUUUUAGAA